AUGAGAGCACUAAGCGCUUUAAAUGUUUUGGUUAUGGCUUUGUGCGGCGUGAGUCAGAUACGAGGACUAAGCCUUCUGCAACAACUGCCUGAGGUGCAUGGCGAUAAGUUCUUUUAUUUCGGCUUUGGCAGCAACAUGUUGGCCAAGCGAAUUUACAUCAAAAACCCAUCUGCGAAAUUUCUGGGUGCCGCCUUAUUAAAUAAUUAUCGUGUCGACUUCAGUUUGCCCAGUAAAUUCUGGAAGGGAGCAGUGGCCACCGCUGUGCCCACACUUGGAAUGCAAACCUGGGGCACACUUUGGGAGAUCGACCUGGCUAACCUGCCUGACUUGGACAACCAAGAAGGUGUGCAUCUCGGCAGAUAUAGACCUGUCAGUGUCAAGGUAAAGCUGCGCAGCAAUGACAAAGAGAUUCCAGCUCGACUUUAUGUGAUAACAAAGGAGCCAAAAGGAAACGUCCGUGAUUUGCCGUCUCACGAAGUGCCCUUAAAUCGGCAGCCCUCGAAGACUUAUUUGCGGGUUAUGGUAAAGGGCGCCAUGGAGAGCGAAAUUCCUGAGAAAUAUAUAACGUGGCUUAAGGGUUUUAAACACAACAAUCAAACUGUGCAAGAAUUAGAAGAUCUUUUUGAACUGGAUUCCGUUGAAUUAUAGUCCAGUCGCUCUAAAACGGUGAAGGGUUCCAGUCAUUGCUAGUGGUUUAUUGUGAAUUUUUUUUCAACUGUUCUCAUAUUAUUAGCGUGGUUCCAAACCACGUGAGGAGCAGUUCAUAGGGGAAAUUUGGAUUAGAUGCAGUAUU